AUGACCAUUCACUCCGGAGCACACUCGACAAGAGAUGACAACACAUUCUCAUCAUCGCCUCACCACAGAUUAGAUAAUGUCGAUAUUACCGUUGAAUUUAUUAGAAAAUCAAUGGAUGAGUGGAAUUCCACCGAACGUAUUUGUCCUUUUUGUUUGAGAAGCGUUUCAUUGAUGAAAACUGCCUAUCAUGCUGAUUCAAAGGUCGAGCUAACCAUGCUCGAUGAAGAAAAGCAUUCCGACUGUAAACAACGUGAGGACCAUGAAGAGGAUGACGUACUCUAUGAACAUGUUUCAAAGUGUAUGAAUUUUUGGAAGAUGGAAAGAGGAAGAAGACAAUUCCAUUCGGACAUAAACAAGAGCCUAUCGAUGGACUCAACAUUGGAAUGUUGUCAUUUGAAUUCUUCUUAUGAAGAUCACACUCACCAUAAACGCAAUCUGAGUGAAGUGAAUGAAAUGGAUCCAUUUCUAUCAACCAAGAAAAUGAAACAUCCCAAUGAACAAUUUUCGGCAACACCUUCUGAAUAUUCAUCUCGCUUUAACCAAAUAGGAAAUGACAUGAUUUUUCAUAUAUUGGAGUAUUUAGACUCUAGAUUUUGUGUGCAAGUUUGUGCGAAAAUUUCAAAACAAUGGAACGCUCAGGUACUACGAAUUCCCUUGUCUAUCAAGUUUUUCAGGGAAGAAGAAAUUGAUCAAGAAGGAACUGUUCUUGCAAAGCUCGAUCAAUUCGUUUCAAGUUCAACUCAUCAGCCCAAUUUGACAUCAUUGGAAAUUGACGAGUUACCAAACUUUAAUGAAAGAAUUGUUGAAUUAAUUGCUGGAUCGAAAAAGAUGAGCAGACUGAACACACUCAUUUUGGACUAUAAUGAUUUGUCUGCAAAUUGUUUGCGUUCUAUUUCUUCAAGUGAACAUUUGAAAGGGCUUACCAAAUUAUCUCUCAAUAGUUGUUCUUUAAGUGAUGAAGGAGUGGCAAUUAUUGUGAAUAGCAACAACAUGAAGGAACUCCGAGAAUUAUGCAUGAACUGUUGUGAUAUUGGCAAUGAAGAUCUCAGGGCCAUUAGUGCCAGCAAAUGGAUGAGUAAUCUUACGGCUCUACACCUUCAGGACAAUGUAUUUGAUUGUGUGGAGCCUCUGUGCAAAAGUUCAUUCAUGUCAACUUUAGCACACCUCAAUGUGGAUGGUCUACACCUCGAGACUGACGCCAUUCGUCAAGUCACAGAAAGUACCUUUAUCCAUAAUCUCAGAAUUUUGGACUAUGGGUUUAAUGAAAUGAAGGCCGAAGGAGCAACCAUACUUGCCCAAUGUCCAAACGCUCAUAAUAUUACAUCUUUGAAUUUAAUGUCUUGUAAAAUUAAGAAUAAGGGCAUUGAAGCAAUCGUUACAAGUCAGUAUUUGAAAAAUGUAACGUCAUUGAUAUUGACCAACAAUUAUAUUGACAUCAAGGGUAUAUCCUGUCUAGUGAAGAGUGAAAAUGUGAAACACCUCAAAGAAUUAGAUUUGUCUGAAAAUGGAAAAACGGGCAAGCAAGGAGCAGAACUUAUUUCAUCAUGUGCCUAUUUGAAAAACUUGACUAUAUUGGGGUUGGGUAAAUGCUCAGUUGGAGACGAUGGUAUUAGUGCCAUUGCAGGCAGUGAAUAUAUGAGCAAUCUGACGUGCCUCCACAUCAGUCAAAAUGAAAUUGGUGUUGCUGGCAUUAAGGCUCUUUCGAAGACAGAAUACGUCAAAAAUUUGAGAACACUUGAUUUAUCGAACAACAGUAUUGAUGAGAAUGGCAUGCAAGCCAUGUCACUGGAAAACACCUUCAAAAACCUCACCUCUUUGGAUCUGUCAUCCUCUUUUCGCUCGGACGAUUGCCUCCGUCACAUUACAAACACUCCUUCAUUUGGAAAACUGAGAUAUCUUGCACUGCGAUCUGACAGUGUUGGACAUGAAGGUUUAAUGAUGCUGUUUAAAAGCCCAUACAUGCAAAAUAUAACUUCACUAGAUCUUAGAGACAACUUUAUUCAGGGAGAGUACCUGAUAAAGCUCAUUCGAUCGCAUCCAAACCUGACCUCACUAAAACUUUGA